GGUAUCAAAGUUAGAAGAAGAAAACGAAGAGAAGCGUAAGAGCCAGAGAAGCAGCAGCGAAAGGAAGGAAAAUUAUAUUACCCUGGACGUUUAAUGGUGCGAUUUGUCUUCGCAGUCACUACUAUUUGUUGUGUAGUGGAAAAUCUUCAAGCGGAAAUAGAGAAAAGUUUAUUCCACGCAAAGAUUUUCUUAGCCUCCGAUCGGCUCUGUCGUCGUCUCCAGUGCGUGUGUGCAGCCGAAAGUGUUUUCCCGUUUUUUCUACCAUCUUCCUCUUUCUCUUCGGAUGGUGUAUGAUGGUGGCGCAGGAAGUGUAAAUCUUGGCUAGCAGCAGUAGUAAAUUAAAGUAUCGCGGAUUGCAUGCAUUUUUUUCUUUUUGUGAAUGCAGUAACAAAAAACCAUUCUAGGAGGAAUAAUUUGUUGCAAAGUGUGUUUAUGACAAAAAAGUAAGAAACUCCUUCCAAGGGAGCCUGUGAAAAUUUUCAUUUUCUUGACUGUCAAGUAGUGUUGAGCUGUAGGUGCAACAGCAACGGUAUUGGAUGUGGAGGAGGAAGCAGCAGAAAAUUUCUGACUGACAGUACUGAAAGAGUGUAAGAAAAAGAGUUUGCGGAGCACCCCUGAAAAAAGAAGAGUCAAUCUCGCUAGCAGAACAAGAAGAAAACGAACAAAAAACGCGAUCCUCUUGCAGUCAAAGUGAGAUAAAGAGCAUAGGAUUUUAUUACUUUUAUUUUACACUAUUUUCGUAUUUUGUACUAUUGAGUUCAAUUGUUAAAAGCUAUUACUCUAUACUGCUUUUGAUUUGACGUCGAACUCAGCAACUCAACGAGCACAACCAAAAGCGAUACAGAAAUAUAGCGAAUUAGAUUAUUCGCAUUUGUAUGACGGUGUGUGUAUUUUGGUGUGCUUAAACGCUCGAAUGUGUGUGUGCGGAUCGUUUGUCCGUAUGCGGCACCAGCAAGCCGAGGCAAAGGCAACCAAGAGCCGUUGAAAUCUUGCGAAGUGACAACGCAAGGAGCCUAUUGAGACCAAAAUAGGGCUUACAGUAUUUUCGGUUGAAAGUGCCGAAAUCGACGAUAGUUGAAACAACAGAAGUUAUAAAAUAAAGCCCCUCUGGCCCCGGUUGUCAUCAAAUGUACUGCUGGAAAUGAUUAAUACAAAGGACGAAGUCGUAAACUGGUUCAAAGAGUUAAAGAGCUAUAACCGGAUAGAUACGAUGUGCACCUUACUCAACAUGUGCCUUCCAUUCGAACUACGCUUCCUGGGGACUUGUCUGGAGGAGCUCGGCCGGCGUGAUGCUCAGGAAUUGCGUGGAAUCGAGCUUCGGGUUAAUAACCCGAUGGAGUUCAUUUCCGACAUCGCAUCAUGCCAAAGCGGAGAACCCACGGAUCGGAAGAAUCGUCGAAAAAUGGCCCUCUUUCUGGCACUGAUAAGAGCCUGUAAUCAUACCUGCGUGAACGAGCUGUUCAAAACGCUCGAGGGCUGGGGCACACGGGACUUUGCAAGGCUUUUUGAUGAGGAUGUUCUGCAAGAGCUGUUACUGGUGUACACAAUGGCUACCAAUCAUCCUGUUUUUUCGUUUGAACAACGCAUGAAAUGUGGAGACAUUUUUUAUAAGCUUAAAACCUGUGAAUUGAAGCCAACGGGGCAGUCAGACACGGAUAAUUUAGCGACCUCGACACCACCACCAAGUGCAGGUACGCCGCUGGGAUUGCCACCUUCUUCCCAACAGCAGCAACACUCCGCGCCGCCCCAGCAACAACAACAACAGAUACAAAUGCAAAUUCCAAUGCCAUCCCAGCAGACGGGACAGAUGGCACCGCCCCAGCAAGCUCCGAUUCCGAUCCCGGGUUUUCCGCAGCCCGCAUUGGCACAGAUGAUUCCCGGUGAUGCAAGCAUGCCACAUAUGACAGUUGAAGGCCUACAACAAUUGCAGAUGCAGAUACCUCAGGACUUUACUAUGCCACCACCGUCAACUGUACCGCCACAUUGGACUUUACGUAAUCCCCUGUUCCAGGUGGGACUAGAUACUUCUUUUCCACCUCCGUCAUCUUCUCCCCAUUUGAGCAAUCCAUCGUCGCCGAUUCACAGUCGUACAGCCAGCCCGACAAGAAUUCCAGCUAGCAGUGUACAGCAUCGCAUCAGUCGGAACCAACAGCCAACGCCGGUGGAGCAACAACAAACUCAGCGUCAGCAUCCGCACCAGCAGGAUCACCGAGAUCGAGACGUUCAGCAACAGUCCCAGCAGCAACUGUUGAAACCAGUUGACGAGUCGGUGCUGCUGGGCGUUGACCAAACCAUGGCGCUGACCCAGUUGCAGCAGUUACGGAAUGGCUAUCGUCCCAGUCAUAAUACUCUGCCCCGUCAAUCGAAUAAGCAGAGCUACGUCAACCAGAUCCAGUAUCAUCACCAGCAGCAACAGCAGGCUCAUCAGCAGCAACAACAACAGCAGCAGCAGCAGCAAACAGGCUUCCAUGGCACUAACACUGGAAUGGGGUUAUCUUAUGCGAUAAAUAACAUAAGUCUGAUUGACUUGACUCAGAAGUCUAGUAGUGAUUCUGGCAGCUCUGCUGGGGACAUUUCCCCUCCUGAAACACCUGGCUUGAAUGUGGCACCUUUGAACAACGUUAGCGGAUUGAUCCGAAGCAGAUCGUCGAACAUGGGCAGAAUCAAUGGUCGCCCUGAUAAGCAGCAGCAAUUAGGUAGUACUGUGAUAUAUACUCAGACAGCAGCGCAGCAGCAGGUUCAGUCUCAGCAGCAGCAGUUCGUCGGCGGUAGUAACGAUAUAAUGGUAACAUCCGCUACACAAAAUUUAAUUAGUAAUAGUAAUAAUAAUAACAAUACUAUGAAUAAUAGCAAUGGAAAUAACAAUAGCGUAGUGUCGAGCGCUGUAAUGAUAGGAGCCCCGACGCCAACGGCCGGCGGUACAAACUUAGUUUUGAGCUCGCAGCCACAGUUUACUGCUCCUUAUCCACCAUAUCAUACGGCGCAUUUGGCUGCGACACGACCUCUGAUUUCGGCCCACACGGCGACAGGUCUACCGCCGGGAACCGCAUUCCGACCGCCAGCUGCAUAUCCAACGAUGCAGCACAAUGGGGAGAUCCUCUACCCGUACACAGCCCAGGUUCCGACCGUUGGUGGAGGAGCGACUAUAACUUUUCUACCCCCAAAUGCUGCAGCGCCGGUAGCUGCUAGUACACAGACCCUUCAAACGAUUCGAUCAGUUCCAUCCUCUCAGCCGCCACCUCCAUCCCAGCAGCAAAUUCAAUCAUCACACACACAACCUCCGCUAAUACAACAGAAAGUGCCCACAGCCUAUACGCCACCAGCCGCAAUUGGUGCAGUACCACCCCCGCAUCCGCCAAGUGCUACUACACCGACAGGAAUGUAUUGCGCCAUGUCCUGUUUUAACUGCGGUUCCCAAAAACAUACCGGAUUGGACUGUCAGGAAGCCUCUAUGGAGGAUGUGACGAGAAACUCAGUUUAUAAGCUGGAUUAUAAUGCUGCAAUUGCCGCCGCCGCCGCCGCUGCCGCUGGUGUCGGGGUAUCGGGGUCAUCCGUACCAAACACCGUAGCAAUGAUCACUGGUACCGCUGUAAUUGCAACGUCUUCGUCAGCAUCACCGCCAUCAUCCGUUUUGGUGUCGUCUCUGCCGUCAUCUACGGUGUUGUCUUCUGGCGCUUCUUCAGCGGCGUCGUCUUCAUCAUCGUCUUCGUCAUCCUCUUCUUCUUCAUCGUCUUCGUCCUCUUCUUCUUCAUUAGCGUCCUCCUCGGUUGCGUCAUCGACGGCGACACUGCCACUACCGCCACCACCACACCAACAACCACAGCAUGGACCUAAUCUUAUUAGCAGUAGCAGUAGUAAUAAUAGCUCGCCAGACGCCCCCACUUCUGUAUCAACACAAACAAUAAAUAAUCAAACCGAUAGCAGUAGUAGUAGCACUAUCAGUAAAUGAUUAUCAAUCUAAAAUAUUCUUCAGCAAAAGAAACAAAAAAAAAACAACACAUAUUGUAUAAGAUUAAAAAACUAAUUAAAGGUAACUAGUGAGUAUACUCUCCAAAAAAAGGAUUAAAAUCUAAAAAAAGUUAUAGCAAACGAAAAACACACACAUACAUUCAUCUUAAAACUGAUAACAGAAUAAGAGACGAGGGAACACAUCGGAAUGAUUUUACUGUUAUGAAUAUUACCCAGAACAUGUGUAGAAGAAAACUGGAGAAGAUAAUAGCAAAUUGUCAAACAAGUAGCUCUGGAAAUAUGCUCCUGCCAAACCCAAUCAGGACAAAACUGUUCAGGCAACGAUCACGUUUGUGCAAGCAGAGGAAUAUGCGUUGUCGUUGAGUGCCAUUUUCUUAGGUUUGUUUUGAACAAACAAACGAACAAACAAAAACAAUUUCUUAUCGUGAUAGUGAGCAUCGGAACGAAAUUAGCAGUUGCACAUGAAAGGCGCGAAAAUUUCUCGAAGCAAAGCUUCUUACGAAAUAGACAAGUAGGGUGCAGGUGUAACCCAAACGACAGCAUGGUAGGAGUACUAGAGAUGAAAGACGGCAUCUUAUUGACUAAGAUCAUGCGCCAGAUAGCUACUUCGGACUACGGUACACGUCGGCCUCCAGGUGUUUUGUUUGUGUUCGACCUUAUUUAGGACAGGCUGGAUAACAUGUACUCAGAAUAUUUAUUUUGCUACAUAAUUUUCUUUUAGACUUGGCUAAUAUUACUAUCGUUUCGAACACAUUUUUUGUUCCGUGCAGUUUUUGGUUUUUAAGAUAACUACUUAUUAUCAUUCUUACACAAUAAGGACUCUGCUCUGCGGGCAGGUAAAAAAAGAAUGUAGAAGAUCAAGUUCAAUAGUAAUCGAAACACAUUUUUUAAUGUUUAUUUAAAACAUAGUUAUGAUUUAAUGUAAUACAAUGUAAAUGUACUUGUUGAUACGGUUAAGCAUA